CCCGCCCGCCAUGGCGGCGCCCGAGCCGCAGCCCCCCGAGGGCUGCAGGGCGCUGAGCGCGCUGCUGAGCGGCAUCGCCCAGGUCACCUUCCACGGCAACGCCCGCAUCACCGAGGAGCUGCUGCGCGCCCAGCUCUACCCCGAGGCGCCGCCGGAGGAGUUCCGCGCUCUGCGCGCCAAGAUGGGCGGCCUGCUGCAGUCAAUUGCUUCAGCAGACAUGGAUUCCAAUCAGCUGGAAGCUUUCCUCACUGCCCAAACCAAAAAACAAGGUGGCAUCACAUCAGAUCAGGCUGCAGUCAUUGCAAAAUUUUGGAAGAACCACCGGACUCAAAUCCACGAGAGCCUGAUUAAUCAGAGCCGCUGGGAUAAUGUCUUGAAAAACAUGAACUGGAGAGUGGACCUGAAGUCACAGCUGAGGCACAUUGAUCAGAUAAACACUCCUGUUGCGAUAGUUGAAAUGGAACUGGGAAAAAAUGGGCAGGAAUCAGAGUUUCUCUGCCUGGAGUUUGAUGAGGCCAAGAUGAGCCAGAUGCUGAAGAAACUGUCAGAAAUAGAGGAGAGUAUGACUUUGUUGACUCAGACUACUUAAUCAAAUAAAGAGAUUGCAACUUACAAAAAAAUUA